CCAAAAAGCUCGUGUGUUAUUUCUACGUAAUCGGCUUCGACGAGAAGUUUUGUUUUGAUCUUAAAGUUAUACCUUUCGCGAGGGUGUUAGUGGGGAGAUAUCGAUCGCGGGACCAUUGACGUCCGUUCUGGAGAACGAGCUUUUCUCCUCGCACCUUUGACUAGGCUAACCUCUCGAUAAUUGUAUUUUCUCACUUAUAGCUUCGUAUAUACGUGUAUAUAUCUAUUAUAGAUAUAUACAUAUGUACAUAUAUAUAUAUAUCUAUAUUUCCUACAUGUGUGUUUGCGUGUGCGAAUGAAAAUUAGAUGCUGACUAGUUUUCAAUAAAAGUUUGAAAAACGUGCCUGUAACGAAGUAAACUAUAUUGUGACCAAUGGAGGCUAUUCCGUGAAUCUCUAGUUUAACAUUUGUCGACAACGGAAGUGGAUCUGAAGACAAAUAUUAUAUCAUUUGGAUAAUACGUUUCUUUUUCUCUCUCUUUCUUUCUCUCUCUCUUUCGCUCUUUCUCCCCCUCUCUCUUUCUCUUUAUGGUCGUAGAGCGAUCAAGAAGUCACUUUUACGAGUCCAGAUUUUUAUUGAGACACAGAUGGAAUUUUGAUACAAACAAUAAACGUGUGGAUUUUUUAAACUUCGCAUGACCGAGUGCCUGAACGGAGAUUCUCCAAUUACAUUGUGAUAAUAACAUCUGUGAAGAGUGCGCGAUCUCUCGCCAUCUUUGUUUUGAUAUCGAUUCAGUGUGCGCAAGAAGAUCGAUCGAUUGGCGAACGAGCCGUCGAAAUGUUCGACUGAUCGAGCUCACUUCGAGUCGUGUUUUUAAUAUUCCAUCCACUGGUUCCGAAGGUCUGUCCCAUCUCCACAACGUCGUUCAAAAAUGGGUCGGAAGAAGAUUCAAAUUUCGCGCAUCACGGACGAACGGAAUCGUCAGGUGACAUUCAACAAAAGGAAGUUUGGGGUAAUGAAGAAGGCAUAUGAGCUGUCGGUACUAUGCGACUGCGAGAUCGCUCUGAUUAUCUUCAGUUCGAGUAACAAGCUGUAUCAGUAUGCGAGCACCGACAUGGACAAGGUUCUUCUCAAGUACACCGAGUACAACGAACCCCAUGAGUCCCUCACCAACAAGAAUAUCAUCGAGGCACUCAACAAGAAGGAACAUAAGGGCGCCAUGUCCCCGGAAAGUCCGGAGCCUGACGCGAUCGAGUACAAUCUCACUCCGCGCACCGAAGCCAAAUACACGAAGAUCGACGAGGAGUUCCAACUGAUGAUGCAGAGGCACCAACAUAACGGCACUCGGGCAAUGGGACAAUCUAAUUACACUCUACCUGUAUCCGUACCAGUGAAUAGUUAUGGCGAAUCUCUACUUGGAUCUAGUCCCCAAAUGGCGCAUACCAGCAUUUCUCCAAGACCGUCGUCUUCUGAAACAGAUUCAGUAUAUCCACCAGGAGGGAUGUUGGAAAUGAGUAAUGGUUACCCACCAUCGGCAUCACCACUAGGAGGUUCACCUAGUCCAGGACCUUCGCCGGCACUAGGAGUCGGAGGAGGCAGUGCAAACAAAGGCAGUAAUCCGUCUAGGCAUUCACCACAACCUCCGCCUCCUCCACCGCCGCCUCAUCCUCACAGGACUAAUCUUCGAGUAGUUAUUCCAACACCCCUUACGCAACCUCUCUCCGAAGACACUAGUUACGAUAGUGGCCAUGCACAAUCCACAUUGAACACACCAGUAGUAGCACUACAAACACCAUCAGUCCCAGCUGGAUAUUCUAGUUUUGGACCAACGGAUUAUUCCUCAGACUUAGGAAGCUUAGCAUGGUCUCAUCAGAGGUACGUUGAUGACUUAUCAAUGUAUUCGGCAGCCACCAUGUCCAGCAUCAGUGGUCUUCCGCAUCUAGCAGUGUCGAGCAGUACACCGCCACCGGCCACGUCGCCAUUACCAGUGAAGAUAAAAAGUGAACCGAUUAGUCCACCUAGAGAUCCUCACGGUGGCAACAGUGGCUCGAACAGCGGGCCGAGUAAUACCAGCAAUCUUCAUCACACGACUCUGAACGUGGGACCUUCGUCCAGUACCGGUGCACCACCUCCACAUCAUGUACCUCAUCCGGGGCCACAAUCGUUAAAUCUUGUGUCGAGCAGACCGAGCAGUAAUCCACCGCCAUCUCACUCCGGUAGUAUAACGCCGACGAACCUUCCAUCACCUGGAAGCGGCACAGUGGCAGAUAUUCGAACGAGUCACUCGAACGCCGGGGGAAACGGUGGGAAUAACUCAGACUAUGAGAAUGGACCGCUGAUGAAGCGUUCCAGGAUCACUGAGGGCUGGGCGACUUAAUAUCAAUCGUAACGGUUAAUCGCUCGAUCGUUUCAUACCUCUACGUACAACGGCGUAUAGUGCUUUUGUGAAAAGUUCCGGAACUUGAAGUCAAAGACUCGUUAAUUAUUAUACGCAAUGUUCGGCCAUGGUUCUUUUUUUUUCUCUUCUUGUAGUUGGAUGCGCGCGUAAGAAUCCUUGCGAAGAGUCCGACUUUGGCUGGACAAAAGAGGACACAAAUUUGUUUAUAUUUUAGAAGUCCAGAAACACACGUAACACGAUACAUACACAUACAUACACAUACACAUAAAAGAAUACGUUUGUUUGACGAUUAAAUAACGGUGCCAUAAUGUUGAAGCGUUACACGUAUAUAUAUAUAUAUAUAUUAUAUUAUACAAUAUAUGAUGGAUACAUAUAUAUAAUAUCCAUUAUAUAUAAAAGAUAUAUAUAUAUGUAUAUUUUCAUGUAUAUAAUGCAAAAGUUGUUUGUAUAUAUGUCAUUUAUUCAUUAUCAUUUUCUUCGUGACAUGGCAUAUUGUGUCUUUGAUACUUGUCGCUAAUGGCGAAGAUAUAUUCUAUUCCGAGUGAAGAAAGGUAAUGGCGGUACGUUUAGAAUUGAUGUUAAGAAACGAAUCGAGAGCACAGCAUUUCGGAAGAUAAGUGCAUCGACAACCGAAUUUCUAAGAGCUUUCGAAAACGUUUAAUGAAUUUACAGUUUAGAGAUUUACAAAUAAUUGUACUUUGUUACUUGUUUCUUUUUUUUUGUGCGUUAUGAUGGUAGGUAGGCAAGACCGCGGCAUAAUCCGUUAAUUGAUGUUUUUACAUAAUGAAUGCUGAGAGUAAUGAACAUAAUUUCUCUCUUAAUUGAAUGCCUAGUCAGAGAAUAAUGAUAUUCGAUUAGUAUAUAAAUUUUAAUUUUACAAUUUUUCUUUAUUUUUUUUUUUUUGUAAUUGCAAUAUCUCUUUCCUUUAUUCCAGAGAAAAGAAUCAUACUCUUACUUUAUAAACGAUCAAUGGAGUCGUACAUUUUGUUAGGAAAUGUAUACAUUCAUAUGAGUCUUAGAUCGUUUAAUUUUCCUUUAACAAAUCGUUGGGUUUGUUUUUAAAGUAGCGGAGUUUCUCCCUCUUCUUUUUCUUUUUUCUUUUUUCUUAACGAACUAAUUAACGGUCUAUGUCCGCUAAUAAACAAAAAGAUGUUGAAUAAUUAAUCGGCUGCUGUACUCAAAAUAAUUGCGAUAUUCAGUAGAGAAAAAAAAAUAUGAUCGAAAAUUAAUAUAUUGAUUAUUAUGAAGUAAUAGAGGAGAUAUAUGCAUAUUACAUGUGAAAUAAGCAUCUAAUAUAGUGUUGAUUAUUCAAACAGAAAAGAAAGGUAUAUACACACGAACUUGCAGAUGUAUACAUAUAUACAUACGUUAUAUACAUUUUCCACAAGUAUUUUGCACAUUUGAUAUGAAGAAAAAAAAUGAAAGGUGACACGGAAGGAAGAAACUUUGCAACCCUUAACGCCUAAGUCAUACACAACGAGAGCUUGCACCUCUGUAAGCAUUUAUCUCCAAAUAAUAAUCUAUGAGAAUUAGCAAAUUUAUUUGAAUCAGUAUUUAAAUCCAAUAUUCAUGGCACACGAUUUUUCUAUAACAGUGGAAUACAGUUAAAUUAAAUAUGAAAUAUAGGGAAAGAGAAUAUUUAUUAUAUAUAGUACAUCCUUGUAAAAUGCUUUGUUAGUCGAAUCCAUAAUUAGUUGGCAAGAUAGGGUUGCAAUUGUAAAAUACAGAAAGUCUUCUUCCUAAGUUAAACCGCUUUCGGGAUGGUCUCAGCCUAUGCUUUACUCAAUCUCAGGAUGUAUCCUGGUGCGAGCUGCUCUCAAGAGUCGUAUUUGGUACAUUACUGUAAUUAAUUAACGUAAUUAAUGGAAUACACAAACGGUAUAUGAAUAAAUAGUGCCUGGCACCAUUUGUGGCCCUCCUUCAGGUUGACUUGUUCACGUUGUGACUCGCAUAAGGUGACUCGUCGACAAGCUACGUGUAAAGAAAAGUGUGUAUCAUACUGAAAGAUACAAAAAAGUGGAUUAAAAAUAUUAAAAUAAAACGAUGUUGAAUAGUGUGAAAAAGAAAGAAGAAAAUAGAGAGAAAGAGUGGUAGCAAGGUUUAUCCGUACUACACAAAUUAGUGGAAUCAUAGACUUUGUUUUACAACGUUCUGUCGACGAAUCGACAACCUGGCAAGUCAGUCUUGGUUAUAUUGUAACCGAAGAUUAUAUUAUACGUACGUUAAAGAAGGUAAAGAAAGAAGAGUCGUAUGAAUCUUCGAUAUUAAUUUGUUUCUUUACUAACGUUGCAGUUAGAAACUAUCUAAUGACUGUACGAACAAUCGGUGUGCGAAACAUAAGAUAUAUAAUGUAUAGUCACUAAUGAUUAAUCACAAAUUUUUAAGAUGAUCACAAAGUGCAAUCUCUUAGCCAACACACUUUUUUAUCAAAGAAAAAAAAGUAUAAAGAAAUUGUUAUUUUUCAUAACGAAAAAAGUAAGAUUUAAUGUAUUAAAAAAAAGUAUAUAUAUAUGUCUCCACUAGUUAUUAAACAUUUUCCUAUUGAUGCAAAAUUUAUUGUAUUUGAAUUGAUAUCAUAUAUAUAUAUGUAUAUAUAAUAUAUGUAUAUAUAUAUCGAUAUAUAUUAUAUAUAUAUCUCUCUGAACUUAAGUGUACAUGCCUGAAGUAAAUCCUUGAAAGAUAAUCUACGAUACGAUUGCAUUGUUUUCAAUUUUUAAAUCGCUACAGGUGGAUCGCAUUAAAUAAUAUAAUUACUGAAUUAUAUUAUCUGUUACUUGAUAUUUUACGAUUAUUUCUCGGCAGUGUUUUAAACAACCAGUGUUAUUAUUGUGCUUCAUUUGUAUGUAUAAGACAAAGCGAUUUGCACAAACUUUUCAUAUCUACAUGUAAUCAAUAGAAAUAAUGAUACUCGAGAUUUCAAAAAGAUUCAACAAAUAAAUUCAGCACGAGACAUAACUAUUUAUCAUAAGUUUGAGAACGCUGCAAGAUAAAGUCGAAUACAUUGACUGGCAUAUUAUAUAGUAUGUUUUCAUAUUUCAGAAAGAUGAAUGUAAGAGUUUGAUCGAAGUAAAGAUCUUUCUUCGUUUCAUAUCUUAAUAUAGCAAAUAAGUACAAGAUACACUAAAGAAGCUAAUCUGUCCCAAGUACACGUUAUCUCAAACUUAUGGAAAUCAAUAAUGUGAACUAGUUCAAUUUUUUCUCGCUCAAUGCACAAAAUUCAAAAUUCAAUCUUCAGUUGUGACCUCAUGCAAUUUAUACAGAAUUAUGAAGCAUGUAAUAUAUUCUUUUACAAUGCAUACGUAAUUAAUGUCUCGUCUAACCGAUUAUUAGACGUACUUCUAAUGCUAGAUUGCCUGAGAGAGAAAUCGUUCUAAUUUGAUCCACCGGUACUCAUGGUCUCGUAACAAGGCAAGGAUUACGAUUUGCUUACCGAUCUAUUUUAUUGUAAAAUACCCACGUGAAAAAAUAAGAAAUACGUAGUGGUACCACUUAAGGUAGAGAACUUGUUAAAUGGUGUACGUUAACGACGCGAUUGUGCGUACCAUUUUAAUGUAUAUUUUUAAUAUGAUGAUGAAGUAAGUUGCGUAAGUUACACUCACAUACACACAAAUACGCGCGAGUAAAUUCGAUCUGUAUCUAUAUCUUGUUCGGGGCACAACCGAGAGAUCAAUAUGGAGUUUUGUACCAUUUUAAAUGGUGUAUCUGUUUGGUCCUCUUGUUAAGCUAUUACGUCGGUUCUAACCCUGUUAAAAGAUUAUUUACUUAUUUACUAAGUGUUAUAUAUUAUAUAUGACGUUAUAUAAUUAAUAUUUGCCAAUCUCUUAUAAUAAAUAGAGAGAGACAAAAUGGUACCAUUAUCCAAUUUAUUCUUGGAAAGAAUUUGACCAUCCUCUAAGUUGGAUCAAUUAAAUUAAUUUAAAUAGAAGAAUUUUAUACUCUCCUAUAUUGGUCAAACGGUUGUGCCUGCAACAAGGGUUGAACGAAAAAUAUUCGAUUGCAAAUACGUAAAGCGUCGGCGAUUAUAUAGUAGUUGAGAACUCAGAGACUAUUAUCGAAGUUGUUGGAACGCUGUGAAACGAAAUGGACCAUCAUUUAGAAAAUGUUGUCGUAUGCAUUAAACUAUAGGACAUACAGGAGUUAACAAGAAAAAGCAUAAAAAGAAGAUAAAAAAAAACGUAGAGAAACAGAAUUAGAGCCUUUUUGUACGGGAGCAAAGUUGUUGGACAAGACCGUUAUCGAAAACCGUGUUUUUAUUGGCCACGUGCAGAACUCAAAUGGAUGCUCGCUUCGAUUUUUUUUUUUUUUUAUAACAAAUUUCCCUUUACUCCUCAUUCUUCUUCGUCUUUUCGAAGAAACAUUCGUUACUCGAGGAUUUCGUGCAGUUUCGAAUAGUCGGAUGUUGGACGGCUUUCUAAAAAAUUAAUCAUUUUGAAUAGAAAAACAAUUCCUUUUUAAUAUAUAUAUCCGAGGAUGUCUAAAUAUUCGAAGUUUUCGUUUCAAAAUGUUUCGUCACUGUGGCGCCAUCGUUACGUCGCGGAGGACUAUUGAAACAUUGAAGAGAUUCGAUAAUUUUCCCAACCGAAGUAUUCGAAAUUAUUUGACGCGUUCGAAUGACUCCAAAACUCGGAUAUUUUUUAGAGUAGAAAAAAAAUAUAUAUAAUAAAAAAGGUGUUGUAAAUAUAUAAAACAAGUUUAGUUAAUGAAUCGAUUUAUUAACCUUUCGUGCCUUUGAAAGCGAAUCGUUGUGAACUGUUGGGAACCAACCGAUUUUUAACAAGCGAUCAUUUUCGUUUGAGAUGUCGCGAAACGAUCUAUUCCGGAAAAACAUUACAAAACUGGAAAAUACGUCUCUUUGACGAAUAGGAAAUAAGAUUUUUCCUAAGUAAAUUUCAUUUAUUUGUUACUUAUAAAGGGAAGGAGACAAAAAAAUAGAAAAGAAAUUAAACAGGAAAUUCUCGUAGCGUUUCUUGUAAAAUACUACAUAGAAAAAAAUAGUUGAUAUUUUGUAAUGCAACCGAGCUUAACUAGAAAUCAAGAUUCUUAAUGAUAAAAUAAUGAUAUUAUAAUGAAAAAAUUAAAGAAUUUUGAAAAUUCAAGAUCUCUAUUCUAUCUUUAUGCGAUCUCGAAGUAUCUUCCUAUAUUUUUCGACCGUUAUCGCUGUUCGUUGUCGCGGAUCGAUUGCGAAAAAUCGAAUCGAGUAUCCGAGAAAUCGAUGUUGUAACUUCGAUUUGAACUGAAUAGAAAAAAAUGUAAAAGCGACAUGUGUGUAUAUGUAUAAACAUGGUCGAAAACUCAAAGCACGGCACAAGUAUCACUUUUGAAAGGAUGAUAUAGCGAAGCGAAUAUUUGCAGAAAAAAGAAAGAAAAUAAUGUUAGAGGAGAUGGAAAGCUGAACUAUAAUUAAUAUACGAGGAUGUAUAAAUGUACUAGCCACAACUGUUGUCACUGCAGAGUAAAAGUGAAUCUAAUAUACAUAAAAUAUAUAUGUAUAUAUAUAUACGUAUGUAAAAGUAAAUUUAAAAAUACUGAACAUAUCUGUAAAGCCACGUAGCAUCACAUUUUUAAAGGUAAAACUCAAGAAUAUACCGCCAUUUUAUUGUUAACCAUCGAUCGUGUGUUUAUUGUCGAAACUUACCCUCCGAUCGAUCAAUCGAUAACGAUCUCCCUUUUUUUCAACGUUGUCUGUCUGAUAAAUAAUAAAAAGGGAAAAAUGCUGAAAAAAAUAGAAAAAUAUAUAUAAAUAUAUAAAAUAAUCCUCAAUUCGGAGGGGAUUCUUGUUUUUCAUGUUUGUAUCGAUCGAUUGAUCGAUCUAUAGUUUCGAGACGCACGGAAUCCGCGUGUAUGGUUAUUAUUAACAUACUUUUUAAAUAUUAUUGCGUAGCGAUAUAUUGUUAUUUGUACGAUAUAUAUAUAUAUAUACAUAAAGAAGCAAAUGCUGAAGAAUGAAAAAUCUGUUUACGUUGCACUGUUGACAAACAAAAAAAAAGAGCGGCCCACUUGAACGUCGAGUGCAGAGUACAAUGAAGAAAGAGCGAGAAAAAGAGGAAAAGGAAAAAAGUGUAUAAAGGAGUUUAACAAUAGAAAGAAAUAACAACCACUCUGUAUAUGUAAUUAUACCGAAGUUAAAAAAAGUAACCGCGUAACGUGCUAUAUAGAUAUUAUUAUUAAACAGACAAACACAAACACAAGAAAAAGCAGAAAAAAUAUAUUAUGGCGUAUUAUAGAGUUGUGCGUUUAAGUAGCCACUGAUAAAUCUGCGAAAACAGAAAGGAAAGUAAUCUUUUUUUAUUUUUAUUUUUUUUUUCCCCCUCCCGUAAUUCAUAAUAGUGUCAUUUAUCGUGAACAUUUCUCACCUUUUUUCAAAAAGAGACAAUUCGAUCAUCUUUUUUUCCUUUGCAUAUCCUUAUUUGUUUCUUUUUUGUUCGACCUUUUUUCGUUCUCUGUGCUCUUUUUUUCUGGUAAUAUUCUUGAACUAUUGACAAAUCAUAAUUGUAAUUCAUCACUUCUGUCACGAUUGUUGUAUAUCCGUGAAAUUUGCGAGACGAUUUUACGAAGGACACGCUUAUUCGUCUUGUUUGUUCAUUGAUAAUGCACGUCGAAAAAAAUGCCACACGCUGAUGAUGGUACAAUAAUGGACACACCAGAAUAGAAAUGGUACCGGCAAUUGUCGCGUGGAAAUCGAGCACAUGCGAGUCACUUUCUUUCUUCUUAUUUUUCCCCGUUUCGAUAAUCAUUCACAGAAAAGUCAAUCACAAUUAAAUUACGUUGAAUGGAUACAUUUAAAAUUAAAUAUUUUUGUAAUGUGCAAAACUAAAAUUUAAAUCGAUAAAGGCAUACCUAAUAUUUACAAAUUAAUAUUAAAAUAGCGUUAAUUUAAUAAUAUGAGCCUCUCACGAACUAAGGCCAUUAACUCCACUUUUUGGCAAUUUUAUAAUUAAUUUUCAUAUUCAUAAUUACAAAAGUUACAAGAUUUAUUUCCACAAAUUCAUUUAUUCCAAUACAGUGAUAUAAGUAACAGCGAAUUCUAAAAUUUGAAAAGUGAUAACAUUAUCACCUUCCUCUGCAUUUUAAUUUGUGGAAUUGCUCACUGUGCCUUUUCCAAACGACCGAUGUAUUUCUUUAAUAACGUUAUAUUUUUUUUUAAUUAAUAUUGCCAAUUAAACACUUGUUCAAUAAUAAAACUAUUAAAAAUCCAGUAUCAUUCUGAGGAUAUUCUCUAUUACGAUUAUAUAUAAAAUUAUAUAUAAAAAUAUUCUCUAUUACGAUUCUCUUAUCUGUUGUUAUCGAUUGACGUAAUACUUCAACCCUUUUCAUUGUUAAAAUAUAAAGAUGACAGUAGAACCAACCUAAAAAAGAUAACUUAUUUUAAAGUGCUCGCAAUUGCCCGAUUUAAACAUAACUAGAUUACACGUAUUUCUUUGGUGCUCGACAUAUCCGGUCGUUGUUACAUGUUAUUGUCAAUAUCCUAUACGAAUAAUAAUAAUCAUCGUGAAUCCUUGUCAAGGCCCAUCUUUCAUCGAUCAUCGAUCAUCGCGAUUAUUACUAUUUGCUAUUACUAUAACUAUUACUAGUACUACCACGAUCACCACUAUUAUUACUAUUGCUAUUGCUAUUAUUAUUAACUAUUAUUAUUAUCGUUAUAUCUGUAUUAUUAAUUAUUAUUAUUAUUAUUAAUUAUUAUUAUUAUCACUAAUUAUUAUUAUUAUUAUUAAUUAUUAUUAAUUAUUAUUAAUUAUUAUUACUGAUCACAAACUACCAUACGCGCCGCAUCAUCUAUUGCUCGGUCAGUAUAAUUAUUAGUGAAUUAGGUUUGAGAAAUUUGAAAAUUAAUAUCGAUGAUUAUUUCGUACGGUCUCUAUGCACAUCACAAAAACUAUUUUUCCUCGUACAUUACAGUACACUAAAAUACACAUAUACACAUAAACAUUCUACAGAGACAUAUAAACAACAUAUGACAUGAACACGUGCGCGCGCGAAACAUUGUAAACACGCAUUGUGGUUAUAUUUCAGUGUAUCAGCAUAAUGAUAUGAUGUUUCCCAUAGAAUACAUUUUACUUGGUUUUUA